AAAGGAAAAAAAAAAUUCAUAAAUCAGGGACGUGCUCCCUACUUAUACUGGAUUGGAGAUGUUUUUGGAAACCAGUAAGGAAAAUUUAGCAAAUCCAUAGUUCUGGUGUUUAUCAGUUCUCUGGGAAAAAUGAGCUUCAACGAUGAUGAGCAGAUUGUUGCACCUCAAGACUCAGGGUCAAGACCAACACCAAUUGUACCAGGAAGAGUACAGCUGACAAGCAUAAACAAUAACACGGCACCACUUGAAGAAAGUAAACUCAAGGUGAUGCUGGAGCUCACUGGUGGAGAUUCCACAAAUGACAGACCCGGAUUGGAUCUUGUGGCGGUAUUAGAUGUCAGUGGAAGCAUGGCAGGAGACAAGAUAGCAAAAGUGAAAACUGCCAUGCUAUUUGUGAUCAAGAAACUUAGUCCCAUCGAUCGUUUGUCAGUUGUCAAAUUCUCUGCGGAUGCUAGUAGGUUGUGCCCGUUGCGCCAAAUAACUGAAGAUUCUCAAAAAGACCUCGAAAAUCUUAUCAAUGGUUUAAAUGCCGAUGGUGCAACCAACAUCACUGCUGGCCUUCAAACUGGCUUAAAAGUGCUCAAUGACCGUAGUCUUAGCAGUGGGCGUGUAGUUGGCAUCAUUCUUAUGUCCGAUGGUGAGCAAAACGCUGGUGGUGAUGCUGCUCAAGUUCCAAUCGGCAAUGUGCCCGUAUACACAUUCGGAUUUGGCAUAAAUCAUGAACCUAGGGUGCUUAAGGCUAUCGCAAAUAAUAGCAUGGGAGGAACAUUCUCAGAUGUUCAAAACACCGAUAACCUGAGCCUAGCUUUUUCACAAUGUUUGGCUGGGCUUCUUACUGUGGUUGUUCAGGACCUGAAGUUGACGGUGACUCGAGUUAAAGAUGACUCGACAAUAGAGCAGGUAUCUGCCGGAAGCUAUCCACAAUCCAAGGAUGAUGUUAUCGGCUCUGUAACUGUUACGUUUGGUGACCUCUAUAGCAAAGAGGUGCGCAAGGUCAUAGUGGACCUUCUUCUCCUUGCUGUUAGUAACGAGCGAGGCGCAGAUGUUCUCGAAAUCGCUUACUCAUAUAGCACUGGGGGAAGACUGUUUGAAGCCCCUCCUGCAACCAUUACUGUACGCCGCACUGGGACAUCACUAGAUCAAGAAGAGAGGCCAGAGGUGAUAACUGAGGAGACCCGUCUCAGGACUGCAAGAAUGAUAAAAGAAGCAAGAGUUAUGGCUGAUGAAAGUAAAUUGAACGAUGCUCGGGAAAAGCUAGUUGAAGCACAGAACUCGUUGGAGGAUGUGGUUGAAGAGUCUAACCCAUUAAUUGAGAUGAUGAAGUCAGAGCUGCAACAGCUCUUGAAAUUGAUGAAAUCACAAGAAAUGUAUGAAAAGCAAGGGCGUCCUUUUGCACUCUCCUCUGAGACUUCCCAUGACCGCCAACGUUUUGCUUCAAGAGGAGAUGUGGAAAGCCUGCGGCUAUUUGCCACUCCGCGUAUGGACAAAUAUCUUGAGCAAGCUAAGUCAUUUGACGAGGAUCCCAGCAAGCCACUGCCCUCAGUGGAUGAGGAUGUGAAGGAAGAACUGGCGGCGAAUCCCCUUGCUCCUAUCGCUGGACCUCUUACCUUCUAUAUUCAGGCGGCCAUUCAAUCCCUCCAAGCCAUUGAAAAAAUUAUCAGUAGAGGCCUUUGAUUCCAGCUGGUCAUCUUCAAAUUUCAUUUUGCUUUUGCCAUUCAAUAAAUUGGACCACUAUGUAUGGCUUUUAUCGGUUUUUCGAACAAUUAAUCAAAUAAACAGUUUUUAUGGGAGCCCAAA